UCUCAUUCUUCUCAGAUUAAUCUUAUUUUAGACAUCCCAAACCAAAUUGUUGAAUUUCAUGAAUUGUAGAAGAGAGAGAGAGAGGGAGAGAGGGAGAAUGGAGUGCGGCAGAGAUGAGAGGAGAUGGUGCUGUUAUCAUCCAACAGAAAUGGUAGUUGGAGUUUGUGGUUUAUGCUUGAAUGAGAAGCUCUUAGUUGUUGCAAAGCGACGCCAACCAAUUACUCACUACUCUUUCUUUCCAAAAAUCUUUGCUCUUACCCAUCUGCGCAAAUCCCACUCUCCUUCUUCUCCAUCUCCACAAGACUCAUUUAUAUCAAUCAAGUUCGAAGAGAAUGGUGUGGCCAUAUGGGACAAAGGGAAAACCUCCAAAAUUGCACAUGAUGAGAAAUAUUGUGAUGAAAAGUUGAAGAGUGUGGUCGAGCCACGCAGGUCGUUAAGGUGGCGUAGGCAGAUUGGCCACCUCUUCCACCUCAUCAAGCGGAGGAGGCCGGCCAAGGCCACAUCAGCACCAAGCACCUUGAAAGGGAGGAUGUUAAAUAUAGGUGGAUAAGGAUUCUUACAGAGAAGAAGGCAAGAGAAUAAAGGGUUUUGCAAGAAAAGAAGACACCCUAGCUACCUUACUUUUUUUUUCUUUCACACCCACAUUUUUUUGUGCAGGAAUUCAUCACAUCACACCAUAUAUAUAUAAUUGAGAUGUGGGAUCUAGUCAAAAUUGCAUCUUUCCAAAAAAAAAGUCAUUUAUUUUGGUGAAUUUCAAGAGCAAAAUUCUAUGUAUCCAUUACUAGCUAGAACAUGCAAGUGACUUGUAGAUAGAUGUAUCAUGUGUGAUCUAUGCUUUUGUAUAUGAAAGUUGAAACAUCAAGAAAGUAACACAAAUUUGAAUUA